UAGACCGCGCCCGAGAGGCCUGGAGGAAACCUGGGACCUGUUUUCACAACUGCAGAGCCUCCUGGGGCCACACCCUGACAAAGGUGACUUUGGUCAGCUCUCCGGUCCAGACCCCCCAGGUGAGGUGGGCAAAAGAGCACCUGAUGGAGCCUCCCGGUCCUCUCAUGAGUCUAUGGAAGAUGCUGCUCCCAUGCUUUCCCCGUUAGCUUCCCCAGAUCCUCGAACCAAGCAUCCUCAGGAUCUGGCCUCCACCCCAUCACCAGGCCCAAUGACCACUUCAGUCUCCUCCCUAAGUGCCUCCCAGGCACCAGAACCUUCCCUUCCCCCAGAAAGCCCCUCACCCGAGCCACCUGCACUUUUCCCUCACCCACCACACACCUCUGAUAGUCCGUCUCCUCCGAAAGCUUUCCCUGCUCUUCCCCUGCGGGACUCCACUCUGAUAAUUCCAUCUCACUGUGACUCAGUGGCACUUCCACUGGGCGCCGUCCCUCAAAGCUUGUCUCUGUGUAAGGAUUUGACGGCUUCUGUCCCAGCCAUCUCAGGCCUUGGCGGCUCAAACAGUCAAGUUUCUACCUUCUCCUGGUGGCAGGAGACUACCAGAACCUGGUGCGUCUUCAACUCAUCAGUCCAGCAAGAUCAUCUUUCCCGCCACCCACCAGAGACCUGUCAGAUGGAAGCUGGUAGCCCGUUUUUACUCAACUCUGAUGGCCAGAAUGUCAUGGGUAGACAAGUCAUAGAAAGAGCCAAAGUCAACAUUUCGGAGGAAAAAGAAAACGAUGGAUCAUUUCCAAAACAAAUGAGCCCAGAAAAGCACUUGAAUUCUUUGGGGAAUUUGGUUAAAUCACUGGAUGCUGAGCAGGACCCCACAACCCCAAAACCCUUCUGGAACAUGGGCAAGAACUCGAAACAGCUGCCCAGUCCUCAGAAGCUCUCAGAUCCUAGGAUCUUGCAGGAAAGUUUUCAGAAGAAUUAUAGCCAGCUUUUCUGGGGCCUCCCCUCUCUGCACAGCGAAUCCCUGGUGGCUAAUGCCUGGGUCACUGAAAGGUCUUACACUUUACAGUCUCCUCCUUUCUUGUUCAAUGGAAUUUCCAAUCGGGCUGGCCUGCACCAUGUUGUAACCAGAAGAGCCCACUUCCCCGGGGACACGCCUUCUGUGCUCUCCACAGUCACGUCAUGCUGCUGCUGUGCAAAUGAUGCCAACUAUAAAUCCCAGAAAGCGGUAAAAUAA